AUGGUAUCCUCCAUCGGAUUCGCGGCCGUAGUUGCUGGACGCAAGACACCCAAUUGGACAUUGCAUGAGGAAGGAAAAGCUGACUGCAAUACAGAGUUCAGCAUCGACGGAGAGGAUCUGAAGCAAGGAGGCCUUGAAUCACCCUCGCUUGCUGCUAUGCUGAAGCUUGUUCUCGCUCAGACUAUCCUCUACCACCUGGCAAGCAACCUUGUCAAAGCCUCAUUUCUGGUACAAUAUCUUCGCCUCUUCCUAGUCAUCCCUCAGAUCGUCUGGAUAUGUAACGUGCUUCUUAUCCUGGUCUUCGGUGCCACGGCUUGGGGCAUCUUCGGUAACAUCUUUCUCUGCGAGCCUGUGCAGAGUUACUGGAAUGUCACGCUAUCAGGAAAAUGCAUGAACAAAGAAAACCACUUCUGGUCAACGAGCAUCAUCGGUCUCGUACUCGACUUCUCCAUUUGGGUUCUGCCUAUUCCCGUAAUUGGGAAGCUGAAUUUGCCCAGUCGGCAGAAGCUUGGACUAGUCGCAGUCUUUGGGCUUGGUGGAUUCGUCUGUAUCAUAACACUGCUACGAUUGGUGCUGGUACAUGACGCAGCGAAUGACGGUGAAGUCACAAAGGCGGGUACCUACGCUAUAAUCUUCUCGACUAUCGAGGUUAACGUCGCCAUCAUCUGCGGAUCGCUGCUUGUCAUGAAGCCUCUGAUUGCACGCCUCCUGCCAGGUAUCAUGCCCGAGCAACCAAUGACCGCGGCGGAAGACGAACGGACAUGCAGAACCUUGACCGGAUUGCAUCUACUCAGUGGAGGCACGGAGGGUGACGUGGAGAAGGCGCAAAGGGGCGGGAGGCGCGACACCUUGAUUGAGUCGGAUGCGUUCGCUACGACCAAAGAGAUGAAGAGGCUCAUGAAGGGGCUGGGGAACAGCAAGCGAAACACUACGUAG